GGAGUUGGCGCUCUCCUCGGCGUGGGAGAGAGAGAGAGGAAAAAAGGUGUGUAGAGAGAGAAAGUGAAAGAGCCCAACCAAUUCAAAUCCCCUACUAGGCGUAGGCGAGGGCUUCCGUUCCUUCCAAGCCUGGGCGUGCGGUGGUGCUCCUCCGGGCGGGCUCUCGCACGGGAGAGAUCUCCGAGCAUCCCUGCUACUCCCGCUAUCAGGUAAAGGGAUGGGUGGGCAAGGUAUAGGAAACACUGUCUCUGUUCCCCUGUUGGGGAAGGCACUGCCCCUUUCCUUGUAAGUUUUCCUGUGAGCUCUCUGCUGUUGUUCAAGGGGAGGCUUUAUCCUGUGAUAGUAUCAAAGCACCAAGAUGAAGUCCAGUGCGGUUACUACAAAGGGCAAGGCCGUAUUUGAGCUCAAGCACAAGCUGGUCCAAGCUGUUAACAAGAUUGGCGACAGAGACACUUACCAGAUUGGAUUGGAUGAGCUCGAGAAGAUGGCGGAUACCCUGCCCCCUGAAAUGAUUGGCCCCUUCUUGUCAUGUGUCAUUGACACUGAUGCUGAGCAGAAGAGUGCGGUGCGGAAGGAGUGCAUCAAGGUGAUUGGCACACUGGCACGACUACAUGGAAACCUAUUGGCACCACACAUGGCGAAAAUGGUGUCCAGUGUGGUUAAGCGCCUGAAGGACACCGAUUCAGUUGUUAGAGAUGCAUGUGUUGACACUUGCGGUACCCUUGCAAUGUGCGCCAGAAGUUAUGGGGAUGGUGGUGCAGCGUUGGUGACAUUGGUGCGCCCCUUGUUUGAAUCAUUGGGUGAACAGAAUAGAUAUAUUCAGGCUGGGGCAGCACUGUGCCUGGCCAAGGUUAUAGAUGAGAGCAAUUACUUCCCUGGGCCUGUGCUCCCGCAGAUGCUUGCCCGUGUUGUUAAGCUGCUCAAGAAUCCCCAUUUCAUGGCGAAGCCUGCUGCGAUUGACUUGAUAAGAAGCAUUAUUCAGGCUGAAGGCGCUUCUACAGAGCAGGCGUUAUCAUCAGCUCUAACAAGUAUUAUGGAUGCCCUGAAGAGUACUGACUGGAAUACAAGGAAGGCUGCCUCACUAGCUCUUUCAAGUAUUGCGGUCAGUUCUGGGUAUUUGGUUACCUCUUUCAGAACUUCCUGCCUUCGCUCCCUUGAGCGCAGUAAAUUUGACAAGGUAAAACCAGUACGUGAUGCCAUUAUACAUGCAAUUCAGCUGUGGAAAGCUAUUCCAGGGUCUCAUACUCCUGAACCAUCAGAAGCUGGAUCAUCAACAAAAGAGAACUUCUUUGGAGACCAUCAUGAUGCUAAAAGUAUACAUGAUGGAGGAUCAAGAGAUACUUCUUUUAGGAGAACAGAUCAUGGGCCUUCUGUAUCUGUUAUUAGUGGUAGUUCUAUCAGUUCAGCAAAGCGGAGGUCUCCUUUGUCUAUCAACAAAGUUGCCCUAAACAAUGCUGCAAAUUUGCAGCGAAUGAAGUCUGGUGAUUGGCGUGUUGAGGUGUCAGUUCCAAAGCAGAAUAUGAUACCACUGGUUCACAAUGAUGAGAAGGGAUCCAGUAAAGUCUGCAUCCUAAAAGAUGCAAAGAGAAAUGCAUAUGAAAGCAUUGAUGUAGACAGUAAGUUUGACUAUGACAUUAUGGAUGAUAAACAAGAAUGCUCCUCUGUGUCAGAAGUAGCAAGCAGGAGUUGUGAGACAAAGCAUGUCACUACUGCUCAGGAAUGCACUGAAGAUUGUGAUUCAACACAAGUUAUGGAACAAUGUCCCAGGGGUCGAGAAAGUAAGAGCAUAGACUCGACAAUUACAGAUGUUACUGCUCAUGGCACACAUAGUUGUUGUCUGAAUGCUAUGAAUGAACUGGCCCUUGUUAGGAAGCAACUUCAAGAGAUGGAGAGGAAGCAAACAAUUUUUUUUGAUUUGUUGCAGGAUUUUAUGGCCAGCUCAGCGGAGAACAUGUCUGUGCUAAAUUUGAAGGUGCACAACUUGGAGAAUGCUGUAGACAAAACUGUAUAUACAAUUACUCAGAGCGAAAGCCGGUAUCAUCUUCCUGGCUCCAAAUAUUUUAAGAACCAAAGCGUCUCUUCUUUGCCUAGGCUUUCUACUUCUACACCUAGAUCAUCUGUGGAUGUUAACUACAAGCCACCACCAAUCUCACAGUUGAAACAUGAGAAGAAGUGGAUGCGUGAUCUACCAACUCGGGGCUCAAAUAUGUGUUCUAAAGAGGGAGCUGAAUUUCCAAAGGAUCAUGUUCGCAGUAAAAUUAGGAAGUUUGAGCCUGUGAGCUCAGAGAGUAACUUGGGAAGAUAUGUUCCAAGCUCAGCAAGAAGUAGAGCAUCAGGGGUUAAAGGGACUUAUCCAGUUUCAUUUACCAGUUCCUGUGAACAAUCUGGACUGCGAAAUGCAUUGUGUGCCUCUAAUCAGCCUGGUGAGUUUCAAGAUACUGAUGGCAUGGAGCCUGCAUACAUGGAAGCCCUGAACUGUGGUGAUUAUGAUGGUCUGAUUGACCUAAUGGAUAGAACUGGACCAGUUCUUGAGAAGUUAUCGUGUGAGACAGCAAAUGAGCUUUUGAGGGUUAUAGCUGACCAGUUUCUUAACAAAAAGUUCUUUGACUUGGCACUGCCUUGGCUUGAACAGAUAGCAGAUUUAAGCACGAUUUAUAAGCCAAGUCAACUAUUUGCAUCUGUGAGAGCACAAAAGGAGUUCCUUUGUGCAUUGGAGGAAGCUGCAACAGGUGUAUCCACGGAACCAGCCUUGAGGAUUGCACUUGCACAGCUCGCAUUUAAACUGACCAAAGCUUUUGAGGUUGGCCCAUGCAGGAAAAUUUCAACCAGAGUGUGCAGAGAAAAUGAAACUAUCCUGGCCACUGCAAUGUGAAAUGUUACUUACACUGAUAGAUAAUCUGGUGCAUGCUCAGGCCAUGAAAUCAGUGCUUUAGUGAGCUUAAGUUCUUUUCUUGUAGCUGUACAACCUUUGUAACGUUGUAUGAUCUGUUUAAGGCCCUCUGUUUAAUUAGUGUGUGAAAGACUAGAAGAUUUCUAUAGAGGUUGAUAGUUUGGUAGUUUAAAACAUGCGUGUGUUUGGUUCUGUACUGUAGGUCUGGAAGCUUUUGCUGUGUAGCAAAAUGUGGCAUGUCUGAGCUUGUGAAUUUAUGCUUGGUGCUUGUAGACGAGGCCGUACAGAUUUUUGCUUGAAUUAUCUAUCACCCAGAAAGACUAUCGUACCUGCAUUUCAA